AUGAUACCGCUCUCACUGUUUUUAUUUCUUGUCUUAAUUCCUUCUUGGUUAAUAGCUACUCAAUUAAUCGAUCAGAGUGGUUCUCAAGCAGAAGAAGUUCUUGGUGAGUCAGUCGGAUUGGGCGCUGGUAAUGCUAAUCCGUUAUCAACACUCGAAACGUUAUCUGUUAGAUCUCAUCAACCAUUGAAAGGAUUUGGAGAUAAGGCCGACUUGAAACCACCUUAUAAUGGUGAACAAAUCCCUGCUGGAAUUUAUUUUCGUAUUAGUCAAAAGGGAAUAGAUUAUAUAACGGAAUUGGCUGCCAAAGCAUUACCUGAAUUACUUGAAAAAGCUGUAAUUCCAACUGUUGAACAACCACAAAUUAAAAUCUCGAAACUUACUAUAGAAAAUUUCAAGUUGGUCAUUGAUGAUUUAAGACAAAGGCUUCUUAUUUUAGGCGUUGGUGCUAAUGUUUAUCUUCCACUUGUUACUGUUACUGCCAUAUAUGAUGCAUCAACAUUUUUCUCCACUUAUACGGGAAAAUUCAAGGCUGAAAUUGAGAAUUUAACAAUAAAUAUGGAAGUGCAUAUAAGCCGCAAUGAAGAUGCGAAAUUAAAUAUUAUUAAGGCUAAGAUGAAUUUAUAUAAAUAUAGAUCGCUGAUCGAACAAAGUGUGAUCAAUGUUCUUGGAAAUGAAAUUUGUCAAAUACCGAUAAAAGUGACACAUUUCUUUGAACAGCAGAAACGGCACAUCUUAAUGACAACUGCAUCUCCACAACCUACAACUCCCACGCCAACUCAUCUUCUUGUUUAUGGAGCAAAAUUCGAAGAAUCUUUUCCAACUUAUCAUACAACUGUCGAAGAACACGGUGAUGAUGAUAUUGAUGAAGAUAAUCCUUUCUACAAUGAAGCGGAAGAGAACUUUUCAUCAAUGAUGUCAUUUGAGGAAGAAGAAGACUUAGCAGCGAAAUUUGCUGCUGAUUUAUGUGCUGAAGAUCGCCUUGAUAUGGGAAAUGAUGUAUUAAUGUCUGGUGAGCAAAUACAUUUGGAAAAAAGAAAAAGAAGUAUAAAUGAUGUGCAAAGAUUGAAUCCAUUACUCAAAGAGGGCCAAUGGGCACCAGAUCUGACUUUAAUGUAUCCGCCUAAAUUUACCAAUGAGGACGUAGUUUUCGGCCUGGAUGGUGGAAUCAUUUUCUUUGGGCAAAAGGCUACCAAUAUUUCAAGACCACAUAUGCUUAAUGUAUCAGCUCUUGGUGACCAAAUGUUUGGACUUUUAGUUAGCGAAUAUGUUCCAAAUACAUUUUUCUCCCACGUAUAUAACAAUCGCCUUGGCAUUAUUCAAGAAACUUUCAAAGCGAAUAAUUUGCCGAAAUUUGCAAGGUUGUUGGCCAAAAUGGUUUGUUCAAAUUGUCAGCUUCAGUUAAUUGCCAAUUUAACCAGUCGCCCCGAACUGCGUGUCGAUAGAGCAGGUGUACAGCUAGAUAUUGAAGGAGAAAUUGGAAUAAUCUUUGUAGCGAAAAGUAAAACGAGGACAUUGGUGAAUGCAUACACCAAGCUCGAUAUAACGAUUCGUCCAUACUUAAAACAUAGUCGAAUCUAUGGUGAAGUUGCGCUCACUGGCGUUGACAUAAAAAUUAAAGGGAUGGGAGUCAGUGGAGUAUUUUCAAAGUCGAUUAAAAAAGCUUUGAAUGCAGUUGUACCGAGAAAACUAUGGCCCAAGAUCAAAAAGCGCCUGCGUUUUGCGCUUAGCCAAAGAGGCAUAAAAUUACCUGUGAUGUGCGGUGUUGAAUUAGAACGACCAUCAUUAAGCUAUAUUGAUCAUGCCAUUGUCAUUGAUACUGAUUUUAGUCCAAGUAAUAAAGCUUGUGCCAUAAUAUCUUUUGUAUAUAUGACGUAG